AUGCUUCAACCGCAGAUAUUGACUGCCAGGCAACAGCAGGAGCUAAAUAAGGCAAUUAUUCAGUAUAUAAAACCUAUAGCUGAAGAGGCAAAUGAUAAUGAGCUAAUUCAAAAGCUUUCUGAAAGCUUAGAUGUUCCGUUAGUCUCUAUUGAUGACAGUGUUAUUCCUAAUUAUCUAGAAAAAAAAUGGUCAACAGUAUUAAGGUUACAACGUAAGAUCAUUGAUUUAGAAGGUGAAGUAAGUAACUUGAGAACGGUUAUUGAUUCACAACAAAUAGUUCCUUCAGCAUCAGCAUCAGUUAUUGGUAAAGAUAAAAUUAAUUGGUUACCAAGUUCAUCUAUAAGGACUUUCAAAACCCAAUCACAUCAGUUGAUACAAUCAGUAUCGAUUCAUCCUACUCUUCCUAUAAUUCUUGGGGGAUGUUCUGACGGAUCACUCAUUAUAUGGAAUUUAGUGAAUGAUGAAUCUUUAAUUCCAGAGAAAAUCAUUAAAGCACAUAUAAGAGGUGUAAAUACUAUAGCUUGGUCCAAAAAGCCGGUUGAUUUAUCAGGAAGAGUUAGUGAAGCUAAGAAUAUGACUCAUGUUAUUGCGACUUGCUCCUCAGAUUUAUCGAUUAAGAUUUGGGAUGGUGCAACAUUUAAGCAUAUAAGAACCUUAACAGGUCAUGAACAUACUAUUUCGUCUAUAGUAUUUUCAAGUUCGAAGCCUAACAUUCUUUAUUCAGUUUCUCGUGAUAAGACUGUAAAAGUAUGGGAUUUGGUUAAUGGGUAUUGUAUUAAGAGUUUCAUUGGUCAUAGUGACUGGGUUAGGGAUAUCGAUGUGAUUAGCGUUAAUUCAAAUCUUCUUCAAGAGCAACCGGAUAUUAAUCCAGAGCUAGGAGACUUUUUAGUUACUUGCUCUAAUGAUCAAUCAAUCAGGUUAUCGCAUGCGGAAUCAGGAACUGGUUUGUCACUUUCAAUUGGCCAUACUCAUGUCAUUGAAUGUGUCAAGUUCUUGCCGUUUCAUUCGAACUAUAUUAUAGACAAGUAUAUUAAAGAAAAUGAAUCACUUUUUCCAAAUAUAUCGACUGAGGUUAUAGAUGAUCCAAACUACAAAAACUUAUUAGGAUAUAAAUAUUGUAUAUCAGGCGGCCGUGAUAAUAGUAUUAAAUUAUGGCUUAUACCGCCCCCAGUUUUCAGGCCUCAUAGACAUCCUCUUCCUUCUCAAUUGAAUAAUUCCCAGGGGUGGUUAAUUGCAGAUUUGGUGGGUCACCAAUCAUGGGUUAAAUCAUUACAUAUACAUCCCAAUGGAAGAUUUGUAUUCAGUGGGAGUGAUGAUAAAACAAUCAAGAUCUGGGAUCUUGCGAGCUUGAAUGUAAACGGUAGAGUUAAGUGUGUGAAAAAUUUGACUGGCCAUGAGGGGUUUGUGAAUGAUAUAGAGUUUGCAAGUUUCGAAAUUAACAAUAAUAUUUAUAGUUCAAAAACUGAGGAUGGAGGCAAAGCUAAAACAGAGGAAGAGAGACGCAACGAAUUAAUGAAAUCAAUAGAGUCCAAAAUUAGGUGCUUGUUUAUAAGUGGAGGAGUGGACAAUUGUAUUAGAUUAUGGAGUUGA